CGUGGGUAGGAAAGCCCAUUUCUCCCUCUCAGAGAAUAAGCCUCUACCUGCACCAGGAGUAUAUAUAUGGCUCUGGUGAGGAGUAGGACCUCACACAGCCACUGAAGCUCUUUGUCUGAAGACAGCAGCUCAUCACAUCACAGCACCACAGAAGAAGAGAUGACCCAGAUCAGAGCCCCUGUUAUUGUGCUGAUCGUGCUCCUGGCUGUGGGACUGUUCACUACUGAGGCUUCUGCAGCUAAACAAGGUUUUCCUAGAGGUUGUUGUACGAGUUACUACCAGGGUAGGAUGGACAUUCGUCUCAUCCGUGGCUUUUCCGUACGGACAGUGAUUGACGGGUGCAAAAUUGAUGCUAUCAUUUUCCACACUGUCAGAGGGAGAUUCCCAUGUAUGGAUCCCACCAAGGCCUGGGUUAUGAAAGCUGUUCGCAAGCUGAGGGAGAGAGCGGAACGAUUGAACAAGAAAAGGUCAUAGGAAUAUAGUUCUCAUCACAAGGGUACACAGGACGAAGAGUCUGUGCUGCUAUCUUCAUUGACGGAGGAGAAUGCAAACAUGCUGGAACCCUGCUAUCUCUAAGUUUAUCCAACUACCUGAAUUUUAUCAGACAUUUCUCUGUGCUGAAAAGUAUAAUAAAUGAAGGAUAUAAACAACACGGAGCACCUGGACACAGCCCUGAGCCAUGGUAUAUUGGCCACAACGUGACCGGCUUUCUAGUCAUCACCGAUCCAUGUUUCCUUUUGUUUUGUCUUGAUUACGCACACCUGAUUUCUAUUCCCUUAUUAUGUUCCUUUUUUACCCUCUCGACUACCUUUCUGUUUCAUCCGUGAUUGUUUUGUGUUACUGUGUGUGUUGGAGGGUUUUUCUCUACACGUUAUGUUUCCUUGUAGGAGAUAUUCCGGUUUUGAAUAUUUUGAGUAGGGUCUUUUGUGUUUUCUCAAACCUGUGUCCUGAGCCUGACUCAGACAACGAACCCAGCAUUUUAUCACAUUGUAUAUGAAAACAUCUGUGUUGGCAGAGUUUAAUGGUAUAAUCUUGUUGUGUGAGCAUCAGAAAUCGCACGUUUUAACCCUACAUAGGUCUUGUGUAUGAUCAGAUCAUUGAUCACAUCUGUUACAUUUAACUGUUACAUUUUACAUCUAUAAAAAAACAAUUUAUAUUUUA